GGAUUCCUAACAUGAUUCCACAGGCAGCAAGGAUGACACAUCAAAAUAAGAAGCCAGGAGAAACAAAGCAGCAGUAGAACAUUUUUAUAAACCACAGUGGCCACAUGCUCUUGAACAGUACAUCCCUUUUAAAACCUGGUGGCAGGUAGUCAGUGGGAGGAGAGAAUGUUCCUUUCUCUUCCUACGCUCACCGUCCUCAUCCCGCUGAUUUCUCUGGCUGGACUUUUCUACUCGGCCUCAGUGGAGGAAGACUUCCCGCAGGGCUGCACCAGCACGAGCAGCCUCUGCUUCUACAGCCUGCUCCUGCCCAUCACCAUCCCAGUGUACGUAUUCUUUCACCUUUGGACCUGGAUGGGGAUUAAACUCUUCAGGCACAACUAGGGCCACCAGAGCCAUGCUGCGUUCUGGGUGCUCGUCUCUCAAAGUUCAGCUAGGUGCAGAUGCUGGAGACCCAUUUUCUCGGCAGCCAAGCUCCCUCUCCCUUCUCAGGAUGGAGCCUGCCAGAGACUGAAGCUGCAGAAGCUGCUUCUAUGGUCCUAGAGCUGAGGGCCCUAACUGGGUGUCAGAAGGAGCAUCACCUCGUCAUCAUCUCCUGAUCGGUUCUCCCUGCAUUUAUCUGAAAGUCAUUUGUAAUUUUGUUUGUUUAGCUUCAGGGUUGCUGAGAAAGUCAUGUGGUAGGCAUGACUGAAAUAAUCCCAAAGGACCUGUGUUGGUUAUAGAGAAAGGUAUUUGAACUAAAA